AUGUCACCUCUCGUUGCGCAGGCCCCCACGGAUCGCAUCAUCCUAGGUCUCAUGACCUUUGGUACUGCAGAGGACCAAGGAGCUCGAGUCACCGAUAUCAACGACUUCAACAAGGCCCUCGAUCUCUUCCAAGCUCGCGGCUACAAUGAAGUCGACACUGCCAGGGUUUACGUCGCGCGCACCCAGGAGAGCUUCACUCGUGAGGCCAAGUGGAGAGACAGGGGCCUUACCUUGGCCACCAAGGUUCAAUAUCCUUCCACGCCCGGCGACAACGCUGCGGACAAGGUCAUCGCGUCCGUUGAGACGAGUCUCAGGGAGCUCGGUACUGACUGUGUUGAUCUUCUUUACCUCCACGCUCCUGAUCGUGGCACACCGUUUGCCGAGUCCCUGGAAGCCUUGGAUAAGCUGCAUAAGGCCGGCAAGUUUGUGCGCCUGGGCAUCUCCAACUUCACCGCUUUUGAAGUCGCUGAGAUUGUCAUGACUUGCAAAUACAACGGCUGGGUCCGGCCCACGGUGUACCAGGGCUGCUACAACGUCCUGAUGCGCACCAUCGAACCCGAGCUCGUAACUGUUUGUCGCCGCUACGGCCUCGAUAUCGUCGUGUACAACCCCAUCGCUGGAGGGCUCUUUUCCGGAAAGAUCAAGAGCAAAGACAUGAUCCCCGAGUCUGGCCGGUUCUCGGACACCAGCAAAACCGGCGCCUUGUACCGGAAACGGUACUACAAGGACACCACGUUCAACGCUCUCAAGAAGAUUGAGGAGGCCGUCGAAAAGCACGGUUUGACCAUGAUUGAGACUGCUCUGCGCUGGGUCGUGCACCACUCCGCUCUGAAGAUCAAGGACGGAAAUGACGGCAUUCUCAUUGGCGUCUCAAGCGUCCAGCAGCUCGACGAGAACCUCACACAUCUAGAGAAAGGCCCCCUGCCUGACGACCUAGUCAAGAGCUUGGAUGAGGCAUGGCACAUUGCCAAGCCGGAUGCUGCAAACUACUGGCAUCUCGAUCUCGAGUACAAGUACAACACACGGCAGGCUCUGUUCGGUGCCGGAGCUAAGUAA